GCUUUCCGUUGUACGUUUUAAAUACUCGUGUCUUCCACACCGGAAUACAUGCGGACAUAAUUUUUUUUUUUUGUUUUAUAACCGUUUUACCGGGCUCUUCGUACACGGUAACAAUUGCAAUUAACGAAGACAAAAUCGGUUUCGUUCGUGCAGUGCGCGCGCAACGUUUAAGUUCGUUUCCGUAACGUAUUAGGUACAUGUGCAACGCCCACUUUCAGUUGAUCGCGUUUAAGUUUUCCAUUUUUACAUCAACCCAAUGACGACGGGGUGCUACAGCAACAGGUAUUACGGGUGGGCGGCCGCGGUCGCUGUCGUGGCGAUGUUGGCUUGUGCCGUGGUGGACGUGGCCGCAGACGAUUCCGACCUGGCCGGUGCGUAUUGCGCGGCCAGACCGCGAGGCUGUUGCCCGGGCCGACAGGACGACUGUUCCGCGCCGAUACUGGGCACGACGUGCUACUGCGACGACUUCUGUAACCGCACUCGAUCCGAAGACUGUUGUCCAGAUUUUUGGUCGUUCUGCAAGGGCAUCGUGCUCAAACCGGAGCCUAAGAGACAAUGUUACUCCAACGGACAUUAUUAUGAUUACGGAGAAACGAUCAAAAUCAAUUGUAACGAAUGCCGGUGUCAAGAAUCCAACGGCAGGUUGCAGCUGAUGUGCAGCACCAACGAGUGUCUAAUCGAUCCGGACUUUUUGUACAAAUUGAGAUACCAAGGGAACCGUUACGGAUGGGUGGCCAGCAAUUACAGCGAGUUUUGGGGCAGGAAGUACGACGAGGGACUUACGUUGCGGCUAGGUACACUGAGUUCCAAGAAAAAGAUUCUUCAAAUGAAGCCGCUGAAAGCCGCGUUCCGGCGAGGCUCGUUGCAACGGUCUUACGAUCUCCGCAGCGAUGGUACCCGAGGCAAGUACAUCUCGCAGCCGAUCGACCAGGGCUGGUGCGGCGCGUCCUGGGCCAUAACCACGGUCCAAGUGACCACCGACCGUUUCGGCAUAAUGAGUAGAGGAGCGAUCAGCGACGUGCUGUCACCGCAACACCUGUUGUCCUGCAACAGCCGCAGCCAACAGGGGUGCCAAGGUGGACACUUGACCAGAGCGUGGAAUUGGAUCCGGAAGUUUGGACUUGUCACAGAAGAGUGCUACCCGUGGGUAGGUCAAGUGACGGAUUGCGGGGUGCCGAAAAAGAAGAAGGAACUGACCGCACCAUGUCCACGCACCACCCGAUCCAAUCGUCUGUCCAAAACUCCACUUCACCGAGUCGGUCCCGUUUACCGAGUGGCCACGGAAGAGGGUAUCAUGCACGAGAUCUUAACUUCCGGACCAGUACAAGCUGUGAUGAAAGUGACCAAGGACUUUUUCAUGUACAAAUCGGGUGUGUACAAUUGUCCGAGUUUGGAUAUCGGAUCGAGGACGGGGUAUCACUCCGUGAGAAUCAUUGGUUGGGGUGAAGAAUACCACAACCAAGGACUAGUCAAAUAUUGGAUCGUGUCGAACUCUUGGGGACGUUCGUGGGGCGAAAACGGAUACUUCCGGAUACUGAAGGGCACGAAUGCGUGCCAGAUCGAAGAUUUCGUCAUUGCCGCAUGGGCAGAUAUCGACGAUUUUGACGUAACCAUCCAUCCGCAGGGGUACGACAUAUUCCUGUUGAACCACGCCGCGGCCAACACCGUCUGAAUGAACGGCAUCGCGUUGGGGUGUACGCGCGACUCCUCGUCCUGGCGCUGCGGUGACGAACAAAUGUCCAAGGAAAACACAAAAUGGACCUAAUGCCUUCUAUUCGCUACUCAUUUACGUAUUCAUAUUCGUAUUAUUAUUAUUAUAGUUAUGUAUAUACACGCAUGGUACACACGUGCGGAGUGAUUCGUCGGACGCACCAACAGACGUACUGACUUACACGUCGUCGAUCGAAAUCAUACCGCGGCAUGUUUUCUGUACGCUUCGAAUCACCCCGUACACGUUACGCCACAUUAUUGUUUGUAUUUUAUAUUAUCAAAACAAUUACAGUUCAAUAUCGCGCGGGCUUGUUUUUCGUUCGUUAAUCGUUACAUUGAUUAUGUAUAAACGCAUGAGCGAAAUCAAUCGACGCACAAAUCGAACCUAUCGAUCAACUUUUAUUAAUUUAUUAUAUUACUAUACGAUUUGUGUAUGUAUGUACAUAAUAUGAAAAAUAUAUUUAUAUAUACUGUACACUGUAGCGUUGAAAUUCACAUAUGAUUUCAAAUAUUUUAGUUUAAAAUGUUUUGUAAAAU